AUUUUAACAAUCUUUUUAGUAAAUGGCAGGUAAUAUAUUACCUUUGUAAAAAAAAAUAAUAAUAAGCUGUUUGUACUGUUUUUUAAUGUUGGUUUUGCGACAGUUUUGCGCCGAUAUCGUAAAGAUUUGUUUUAACUUCAUCUUCGGGUUUGCCAUGUUGGCUCUGUGUCCACUACAGUUGGUGGGACCAAAGUGAUUCUGGUUUCAUUACUGCCGCUAAAUAAUUGCUUUGUAUUUUUAAGACCUGUCUGCUUUACGGUACCGGUGAUAGCAGUCAACAUGAACGCCGACAAAGGGUUGUAAUAUUUUACUUUACUAUAGCUAUUGUUUUAUUAACGCAUGUCUUCCGGAUAAAUGCACAAAUACAGUUUCACUGAUCAAGGGCAGAAGUAGUUUUAUGUCAAAACGACUAUAUGUAAAGUACAGUCAGAUGUAAUUACUUAUUCAUGUCAUAAUAUCUGGUUUUUACUCUCAGAUCGACAGGGUUGUGUGUUGUUCGCCUCGUUUUAUUAAUGUUCAAUUCAGAUAACUGUACAAGUAGCUGAAAAGGUCAAACACGAUAGUUGUGUAGGAAAGAAAGAUAUACUUUUUUGUACUCCAUUUCUACAAAAUGUUCUCGAUUUAAAUACAAAUCUGUUCUUCUGUAAGUAGUACACGCGCAUAUUUGUAAGGCUGAUGCCGUUGGCAUUUUAAGCUAUUUGUUUUCUAAUUAUUAAUAUUUUUAUUUUCGCACGUCCCUUAACGAAUAAUACUGAAGAUGACUGUAAUUAAGUUAACCACUCAGGCAUAUUGUAAAAUGUUAUUGCACGCUGCUAAGUAUCCCCACUGUGCUGUGAAUGGUCUAUUGGUGGCCGAAAAUCAGAAGCGAAAAGACGGCCAGCCUGUUCUGUGUGUGGACUGUGUGCCUCUGUUCCAUGGUACCCUCGCACUGGCACCAAUGAUGGAAAUCGCUUUGACUCUGAUUGACACCUGGUGUAAAGAAAAUAAAUAUGUGAUAGCCGGGUAUUACCAGGCCAAUGAACGAAUCAAGGAAACCAGACCCAAUCAAUUUGCAGAAAAAGUUGCAGCAAGGAUUGCAGAAAACUUCAGUGAUGCGGCACUGAUUAUGGUGGACAACAGUAACAUUUCCAUGGGUUGUUAUAACCCUGCAAUUUCUGUCUUUGAGCAUCAUGACAACAAAUGGAAAUGCAGAGACACUAACAUUGACUGCUGUGAGGACUGGUCUGAAGCCCAGAAGAUCAUGUCUGCACUCCUGGAAGGCAGGUCUUACGACAGCCUGAUCGACUUCGAUAAUCACCUGGACGACCUGCGGAACGACUGGACAAACCCUGAGAUCAACAAAUCCAUUCUGCACUUGUGUUGAGCACUUUUUCAGUAGACUAGUUGUUGCGAUUUCUGCCAAAAUGGGACUUUUUUUUUUUUUUUUUCUAUCCCCCAUAAAAGAAUAUCGUAUGAAGUUGAACACUGACAGAGAUAAUGUGAAUUUACCAGGUAACUUUGCAAACCAUGUAAUGUGAGCGAUUCUGCGUAAAGUUUCUAUAUUCCGUUAAUUAUGUAUCUAAAAAUUGCAUUUUUAGAAAUGCUUUCAGGCAUUCAACAUACUAAUAGUAAUGUCACUGAUCUGUUGCUGGCCAGGGAUUUGUGAUAAUGUACUUUAACUUUACUACAUACAUUAAACUAUAAGCUAAGAAUUUUAUAACCAUUUAUGUACUUCUAAAGCAAUCCUUGUUUAAUCUAUUAUCUUUAAAUCCAACGUACCCUUUUUGGGUGUAGAAGCAAAUUAACAUCAAAGAGGUGCUUUUUAUGCCAUGUAUAUUUUCAGAGUAUUAUUUCUUGCCUGUUUAAUAUGUCUUUAUGUGUGUUACAUAUCAUCAUCUCUUGUAUCUGCUUUCAACAUUAUUUACCAUGCUUACUAUGAAUACGUAAUAAUCAGUACUAAUUGCAUGCAGCUGUAAUUUCUUCCUUCUCUGGAUCUGGGAUUUUGUAUAGAGAUUUUCUAUUUACUAAUGAGGGGACAGACUUUACAGUCACAAACCUCAAAUUGUUAAUUCUCUUCAGAUAUUCAGCUUUCAGAAAUAGUUGAAAGGGUUUUUUUUUUUUUUUUGCUGGAAUAGUUAGUAAGCAUGGAAAACUAUGAUCAUAGAUUAUAAUAGAGGUCGCAUAAAUCAAAUAUUCUGAACAUGUAGAUGGUAUGAAAAAUCCCUUUUAAGAUAAAACUAUAAGAAAUACACUAUGAUUCCGUUAAUUCAUUCUCUGGUGAAGUUGUGGGUGUACAAGGGCAAAGUGCUUAUUUUUUUGUCUUGCAGUUAAUAUGGAAAUGUCAUAUUGGGUAUAGUCACUUUAACUGGGAGAAUGCCAGUGGAAUUCUGGAGCACUACUUCAUGAAAACUUUGAUUGAAAUUAGAAGUUAAAUCAUACAACAUUUCACAUCAGUCUGUAUACACCUGACAUGCAUUCUAGUGAAGACUGUUAAUGAAUGAAAAGCUCAGGUUAGGAAUAAUUAAGUUUUCUGUCCCAUGUUUAAGAAAAUCCUUAUUAUUGCCUGGAUCUUAUCAUUUGGUAUUAGCAUUUCAAGAAACAUCUGUCCUUGCACUGCCAUCUUUUUUUUCAGAUUUCUUACUAAAAUAAUCCAUCCAUUUGAGUAAUCAAGCUAAUUCUAGAUCUGCCAUAAACUGGUUAAAGUAAAGUGUUUUGCCUCCAUGGUAGCCUGUUCUUGUCCACUUACUUGAGGAUCAUUGGGGAAUUCACAACACCUCUUACUCCCAAGUACCAAUCAUACUUUUCAUUUUUUUUCAGUCAUCGCAUCCAGGUGUGUGUCAUUGACUCCAUUUACUUUCUUUUAGUAUUUGGUACACCAGGAUUCAGCCAUCAAGAUGUUAGUAAUGACAGCAUUAGCUUAAAAUGUUCUAAUAUAAUUACAUUGUUGCUUGUAAACAUACUGGUAAGAAGUGCUGUACUUAAACCAGCAUUAGGAAAGUUGAUGAGCAUCACAAAUAUAUAUAUAUACUGUAUGUAUAUGUAUAUAUAUAUAUAUAUAUAUAAUAUAUAUAUAUAUAAAUAUUCUGGGUGAGUAUUCUAGUCAUCAUUUUCUCUAUAAUCCAAGUAUUGGAUUGAAUUAAUUCAAACCCAUGGCACAUACCUUUUGAAACUUAAAAACUAUUUAAAAAUAAUGUCUACCUUAGUGCUUAUCUUAAAUUGUGAUUUCGGCUGAACAAUUCAUGUGUAUUGUGCUGUGUGGGUAGUUCUAGAAUAGCACGGUGCAAUAGGAAAAAGCUGCCACAGAUUAAUUUUUAAUGAACUGUUAGGGUUAGGUUGUGGAGUAGCUGGUUAGGGCUCUGGACUCUUGACCGGAGGGUUGUGGGUUCAAUCCCCAGUGGGGACACUGCUGCUGUACCCUUGAGCAAGGUACUUUACCUAGAUUGCUCCAGUAAAAACCCAACUGUAAAAUGGGUAAUUGUAUGUAAAAAUAAUGUGAUAUCUUGUAACAAUUGUAAGUCGCCCUGGAUAAGGGCGUCUGCUAAGAAAUAAAUAAUAAUAAAAUAAUAAUGAAGAUGUUAGGCUGUGAUAUGAUUAUCAUUGCGAUGAGUGCAUUUCAAAAUGAUUGUGUGUGAUAUGCUGCGUUUCCCUUUUAUAUAUGAAAUGAGGCUGAUUUGACUAAACCUUAACCUUGUUAUGCAAUAAAGUUUAUGGAGAUUAUA